GUUGGAUAAUUGAACACAUCGCUAAAUCGAUCUUGCUUCUUAGUAAUGACGUGUCAUAAAUAUAACCGUUGAUAAUAACAUAUACGCUUCCUUUAUCUUACGCCGAGUACCGCGCACAUUAGUCAAACACACAGUUGAAGAGCGCAUAUUAACCGCACGACGUUACCAUCUUCCUCUUAAGAAACCUUCUCUCGCGCUUUUGAAAGGCGCGAAUUUCUCAAAAAAGCUUCUGAAGAAAUCUCAAACAAUUUCAUGCAACGAUUCUCCGUCUGUUCACCUUCAAGCUAUCGUCUCAAUCCCAUAACAUCAAUGGCUACUAGAUCCGGUUCACUGAUUUGGUUCCGGAAAGGUCUCCGGGUUCACGACAACCCGGCUCUUGAAUUCGCUUCAAAAGGUUCUGAAUUUAUGUUCCCGGUUUUUGUAAUCGACCCGCAUUAUAUGGAGUCCGACCCAUCUGCCUUCUCUCCCGGUUCGUCUCGCGCUGGGGUUAACCGGAUCCGGUUCUUGCUUGAGAGUCUCAAGGAUCUCGAUUCUAGCCUGAAGAAACUUGGUUCACGGUUGCUGGUUCUUAAAGGUGAACCUGGUGAAGUACUGUUUCGUUGCUUGCAAGAGUGGAAGGUGAAGAGGCUUUGCUUUGAAUAUGAUACAGAUCCGUAUUAUAAAGCUUUAGAUGUUAAAGUUAAGGAUUAUGCUUCUUCAACUGGAGUUGAGGUUUUCUCUCCUGUGAGCCAUACUCUGUUCAAUCCCGCAGACGUUAUAGAGAAAAACGGUGGGAAGCCACCUUUGAGUUAUCAGUCAUUUCUGAAGAUUGCUGGGGAGCCGUCAUGUGCUAAAUCUGAACUUGUGAUGUCUUAUUCUUCACUUCCUCCAGUUGGAGAUGUUGGAAAUCUUGGCAUUUCAGAAGUACCAUCUCUUGAGGAACUUGGCUACAGAGAUGAUGAUGAACAAGCUGAUUGGACUCCUUUUAGAGGUGGUGAAUCAGAAGCCUUGAAAAGAUUGACCAAGUCAAUUAGUGAUAAGGCAUGGGUGGCAAACUUUGAGAAACCAAAGGGUGAUCCAUCUGCUUUCUUGAAGCCUGCAACUACAGUCAUGUCACCUUAUUUGAAAUUUGGAUGCCUUUCUUCGAGGUACUUUUAUCAAUGCCUUCAAAAUAUUUAUAAGGAUGUGAAAAAGCAUACAUCGCCUCCAGUUUCUCUCCUCGGGCAGUUGUUGUGGCGAGAAUUUUUCUAUACCACUGCAUUUGGAACCCCUAACUUUGACAAAAUGAAGGGAAACCGGAUCUGCAAACAGAUUCCAUGGAACGAGGAUCAUGCUAUGUUGGCCGCUUGGAGGGACGGUAAGACAGGAUACCCUUGGAUUGAUGCCAUCAUGGUUCAGCUUCUGAAAUGGGGUUGGAUGCACCAUCUAGCCCGUCAUUGUGUAGCCUGUUUUCUAACUCGUGGGGAUCUGUUCAUACACUGGGAACAAGGGCGUGAUGUGUUCGAGAGACUUCUGAUCGAUUCAGAUUGGGCAAUCAACAAUGGAAAUUGGAUGUGGUUAUCGUGUUCGUCGUUCUUUUACCAGUACAACCGCAUCUACUCUCCUAUAUCUUUCGGAAAGAAGUAUGAUCCUGAUGGGAAGUACAUUAGGCAUUUUCUCCCGGUACUUAAAGAUAUGCCAAAGCAGUAUAUAUAUGAGCCAUGGACAGCACCAUUGAGCGUUCAAACUAAAGCAAACUGCAUAGUCGGGAAAGACUACCCGAAGCCAAUGGUAUUGCACGAUUCAGCAAGCAAGGAGUGCAAGAGGAAGAUGGGUGAAGCAUACGCAUUGAACAAGAAGAUGGAUGGUAAAGUAGAUGAAGAAAAUUUGAGAGAUUUGAGGAGAAAGCUUGAGAAAGAUGAACAUGAAGAGUCCAAAAUCAGGAACCAACGACCAAAACUCAAAUAGGUAAGGAUUAAAAAAAAAAAAAAACCAUUUCUGCGAUUAAUGAAGAGGGUAUUAUUACAACAACUGUAGCUGUUAUAACUUAGUCAUGGUUUUCAUUUAUUUCUAUGUAAAAAAUCUGUUAUGCAACAAUGUUAUGUCAUGUAAACACUUCACUCAAGGCAAAUAUAAUUCUUUGAAUUUUUGGA